AUGCCCUUGAAAACGUUUGACAUAUCCUCAGUACUUACUAUCGAGGCCACGCCACUUACACCUGAAGCGUUUGCACCAUACGGCGGAGUUAUCAGUGCUGAUGACCAGAUCAAACAUGUCAAAAGUUCAGCAGCUAAUUAUGGGACUGCUGUUAAAAUUCACAAAGUUGCACCCAUUGUCAAUAAUUUCCUGAAAUGUCCUAGUGGGAGCGAAGCAACUGCCAAUUGGAAUAUUUUCAGAUGUUCUGCCCCUAAGCAUUUAAUUGAAACUAAUACUAAAUCUAAAAAGUAUACUGCCAAAGUGUUGGAAAGGCACCCUUUCUCUACUCAGACAUUCAUUCCAAUGGGUCAAGAUCUUGCUAAAAAGUCAUAUUUGGUCAUUGUAGCCAAGACAGACGCUUCUACUUCGCCCCAAAAUUUACCAGACCCAUUAUCGGUGGCAGCCUUCGUAUGCAAGGGAAACCAAUCCAUCACUUAUGGCGCAGGCAUCUGGCAUGCCCCCAUGGUUGUUAUAGAUGAAGAGGUGCCUCAUAUUGACUUUGCUGUGUUUAUCCACGAAAAUGGGGUUGCCGAGGAGGACUGCCAGGAGUGCUAUUUUGAUCCAGGAUAUAAGAUUAACUACGAUUUGUCUACUGCCAAGCUAUAG